AUGUCGGAUCUCCGGGCGCAGCCCCUCACGGCAGAAGGCCAGUUCAACUGGGUCUUCCUGGUUGAGGUGCUGGUCGUGGGAAUCCUCUCGCUUUUCUUUCUCUUUUACUUCAACCGUGUGUUCGCAGCCGCCGUAUCUUAUGCAGUUCGUGCGUAUACAUGGCGCAAAUACAAGGCCUACAUCGACAUCAGGUCCCUCCAGAUCAGUCUUCUUGGUGGACGCAUCUUCUUCAAGAGCAUUCGAUAUCAUGCACACAAUGUGACGGUCUAUGUUUACGAGGGAAACAUCACCUGGAGAUACUGGCUGCGCUUGGUUCAGGAUGCCGAGGUGUUCCUGGAAGAGGACUGCCCACGCACGGGUGAGGAGCGGGUUCCCAGCACAUCGGCGAGCGAGAAGGAGAGCUUAAACGACCACGACGAGAAGUCACGCACGCGAGCGAGGAGUAUUGGAAAGGAAGAAAAGGCUAGCACUAAACCAAAGAAGGAGCUGCCUUGUCGGAUCGCCGUCAAGGUAGYGGGCGUGGAGGCUUUCAUCUACAAUCGAAGUCCUUUGUACGAUGGCAUCGUGGAGGCAACACUGGGCAAGUCAAAGGAUGUGUUCGAAGACGACAGUGAGAAAGCGGGCCCCACCUCGCCAAUCUCUUCCCCAAGUAGCGAUCCGAAAGUGGACGUUCAAAAGACGCACACACGGACGACCACAGCCAGUGUGGCAUCACCAAACAAACCAGAGGUUCCUUCGUUUCUACGCAUGCUUCCUAUCAAAGUAGAAUGCAAGCGGGCAGCGGCAGCUGUUGGUAACGAGAAUACAACCAACGUGCUCGUGGCCAAGGCGGAGAAGUCAAUAGGCACCGUGGAUGCAGGCCACGCAGGCCCCCUAGACCUGUGGAAGUUACUCUUCAAUUUUGCCAUUGAGAACGUUGAUGUGACGAUGAAGCCAAACCGAGACUUCAAAGAGUUUCAGCUCGAUGCGGGGCAGCGCAUCCUGCGGGAAAAGCAGACCAACCGGCCGCAUGAGCCAGAGGUACCAAUCGCGAAGGUGGCUCAUCAAGCACGAGGUUUCUGRGCGAAGCUGAGACGAGUUUUCAAGCGGUCAAGGAGCAGCGCAGACUCCAUCCGGACAGCGUCGGUUCGGUCAGAUGAUGUACAGCCCGGUCAUCCCCUGCUUGAACAACAGCACGGGCAGGGCCAGUGGCAUGGGUUGAUGCGCUAUCUUGAUGAGAAUGAUGAUGAGCACGAUGAAUGGCGAAAGGUCGAGUACGCAAAGGCAUCCCAGCUAGUCGAGUGCGAUAAGGUCACCAUGCGCUUCUAUUGGGACAUGUCAGGGGUCGUCCCGGAUGGGAUGGUAGACAGCGAACAUUCGAUGGGCUCGAUGCACGCGGACGAUAUCAAUGGAUCCGCUCCGCCUGCGUACGGCAUGGAUCUCGGUGUCUACGGCGGCUUUGUGGUGUACGGGCCCUGGGCUGACCGACAGCGCYUGAAUCUUCAAAGCGUAUUCUUCCCUGCUCCGUCUGUCGAUGCUGUCCCUGCGAAGCCACUCAGACCAGGGGAUCUGAGAAUCUGCACCGUGUUUAAGAUCGUCGUCAUCGUUGAAGACGACGUUGUUCUUCGUAUCCCAUCACGCGAGGAAUCGAAGGAUCCACGUUGGAAAGGCCGCGCAGAAAAUGCGGCCAAGCCACCAGCCGAUCAGGACAACGAUACUGGCAAAGGUGAAAGACGAAGAUGGGGUCGACACGGCAAGCGUCGAAAAGCGGAGAAAGGUACCGCUGCAGUAGACGCUCGGCCGUAUGCCUGGCUUGAUAUCACUGUGAAGAAAGACUCUGUCGUCAACUAUGUCAUGGACAUGGUCGCACGUCCUACUGGAUAUCGGAACUCCCUCGACCUCGACGUAAAAGGGUUGGAGAUGUCCAGCRGCGUCAAUCAUGKCCUGCUCUGGAGGUCUGGUCCCCUUACCUUGGAUGCCGACAUUUCUCAACCCAUCGCUUGGAACUCGCUACGCAAGUGGCCUUUCAACAUCGUAGUCCAGGACUUGGAGCUGUUCAUACUGCGGGAUCACCUGUUUCUGAUCAUUGACCUGGUCAAUGACUGGGCCUCUGGGGCAGCAUCCGACUUCUACACCUUCGUUCCCUACAACUACCAGAUCAAUCUCGUCUUUAACAAUUUUGUAAUGUAUCUGAACGUCAAUGACUGUAACAUCAUCAAUGACCCUGCGGAUCUCGACAAGAACGACUUCAUCACGCUGGAAGGUCAGAUCUCAGCGAAUCUCGGAAUUCCCAUGGAGAAUUAUCGGCCCAAGCGUAACGGAAUUACAUUCGAUGUCUUGGGCGAGGACAUGCGGAUGCGUAUGUUGAGUCCACCCAAGAGUACCUUCAGUACAUUCGUGCAGGACAAAACGAUGGCGGAGCUACCAAGGUUCACGCUGAAAGGUUCCCAUGACGCGAACCAGGAGGCCAGAGUUGGAAAUGUCGAUGUACUCCGCAUGGACGUUGUUGGAACCGGACUGUCGUUGAAGGCCUACGGCUUCUUCGUCCGGCAGUUGGUCAGCCUCAAGGAGAACUACUUUGGUGACUACAUGCAUUUCAAGACCCUAGAGGAGUUUCAAGGAGCCAGCGAUAACCUAGAAGAGGCCAACGCGAAAACGGCGAGCUUCCCGAAACCGACAUCAAUCAACGAGUUGGACGUCAUCCUCUGUAUUGUGGCCGAACAGGCCACGGUCAUGUUCCCCACCAACAUCUACUCUUGCAAGGAGUUUGUGCGCGUGGAGCUGCCCAGAGCAGAUGUCGAUCUGCGUAUUGCCAGCUACUAUUUGGACUUGGGCCUUCAACUCUCGCCUCUGAGCUUCCUCUCCGGCGCAACACGCUYCGAGGAUGAGGAUGCUGAUGAUGAAGAUGAUGGCGAUGAUCUUGCGAACACGGUCUCGAAUACUCAGUUCUUUGUGGCUCACGUAGACCUCAGCGGUCAUCGUGCGUUUGGGCUUCCACCCAACGAGGACGCAUAUGUCAGUCAGUGGGACAUUGAUAUUGGCAAGGUCACUGGCGAGUUGUCGAGCGUCUUUGUGCGCGACCUUGCUCUUGCUGGGCGAGCCUUCGCGUUCUGCAUCAGCGAUGAUGAAAACGCGUUGCCGGUAACCUCACCUGCCAUCGCUCUCGACGCAUCCUUUGUGCAGGUCCGGACAGAUACUGUGCGGCUUUGGCUGCAUGUAGGAAAAGAUUCUCUGUUACUCGCAACGGAGCCCAUCACGGUAGAGACAAGUGACUGGGCAAACGAGACACUCUCGCAGCGUGUUAAUGUUCUGAUCCCACAAAUCACCUUUGCGUGUGUUGAUGGUCGGAGUGCUUCACGCAAUCGAGUUGCCAAGCAUCGCAAGCGUGCCGUGAAAACUCAUGCCUUCCUCCAGACUGGGUUGUCGCUGGAUGUCGUCGGGAGGAAGCUCCAUUUUGAUUUAGAGACGAGGCGACAGCAAAGCCACUUCCGACUGCACGAUCAACGCACGAACCGGUUCCCCUUUCUUCAAAGGUCUUCAAUCGACGCAUCGAUCAAGGAGGAAGACGAUCUGCCCUUUGAGCCUCCAGCGAUGCCCUUUCCGCCUAUGCCACCGCCCUUGACCUUGGCAGACAUGAGUCCCAAUCGGCGGGCGUCAAUGACAUCCGCUAGAAGUCUUGGACGUGGGAGACGAUUGUCGUCCAAGUCUUCCAUCUCUUCCCUGUCAGCAUCCCUCCGGACUGCUCGCAAAACCGCCACCGAGCGCCCUGGCCUUGUCAGCCGGGGCACUGAACAAUCCUUAGGGGGUACUUCAGCAUCAUUUCACUCCCUCCGUGCCAGCAGCAGAUCAAGCUCACACUCCCGAGGCCCGCUGCAUAUCGGUGCUGAAAGAGCUAGACUUGGCCUUCCGUCAUCAUCAGUUGCAUUUUCAAGUCCGUACUCUGAGCCUUAUUUCCCCCUCGAAAUGGUGGAGCCGGAUGAGAGGAAUGUACCCAGCUUUCCAAACCCAGAGACCUUCGACAGCGAAACCUCUGACAACUCUUCGGUGGCGUCAGGAUUGAGCAAUUUGGACCUUGACGACGAAUGCGAACACUCGAGCGUAAUGAUCAAAAUAAUUCCGGGUCUCCGAGCGUUCAUCUUACCACAUGUUGCAUUCACCGUCUCGAAGCUGGUACSCGAAGUGCUUCCCCAUAAUCCUGACGAGGUCAUGGAUGCGUUCCAGAUAGGCGUCAUGGCAAACAUACAAAGCCAAAACGCUGUGCACCACGGUGUAAACCGUGUUCUCGAGAUCCAGGUUGAACUGCCCGCCGCACAUCUAAGAAUCGCCAUAGAAGAUGGAAAAAAGGAUGAAAUCGCUGACCAAAUCGAUCUGACCCUGAAAUCCUUAGCCACAUGUGUCAGGAUUCGUACCCGACCCGCGGACGCUGGACCGACUCAGUCUUUGGCUAUGCACACCUUGCUAUCCGGUCUCGAUCUAGCCCUCGUCAACCGGCAAGCCUUGGCUGAGGUGACGUCGGCCAUCCGUCUCAGCUUGGACGAUGCCCUUUCGUGGCUAGCUUUGGCGGACACAAAUGCAUUCCACCUCUCCACUCGGGCUGCUUCCUUGGUCAUUGCCGGGAAUCAAGCCAAGUACCUUACUGAACUUGCGCUCAAGCUUGUACCGCUUGUCGGCGAUCUCAAGUCAAGAUUUGAAGGCAUCUUCGAUUUGAACCUGCGGCGGCUGCAGCUCCUAGCUCAUGUGCUCACACAGCACGGUGAACAGCUCGGCGACCCGGCUUUCAUGGCUCGAAUGGUCUACAUUCUCCGUGCUUUCCCGUUGCACUUCCGAAAUACAGACUCGUGGAAGAUACUCUCUCGGUUCCGUUUCAUGUUGCAGAGCCUUCCUGUAGAUGCUCGUGCCGAGCUUGAAACCAACUUCAAAACCGCGAGGGACGCUCGUUCGGAGUCGCCAUCCAUCAAGGCUCUUGAAACCUGGACGCAGUGGCGCAAUUGGGACGUUCCCAGUGUCACAGAAACUAUCGCAUUCAAGACGUUGUUCAACACCGAACAGGCAAAAGUAACGAGCAACCCCGAAAAGUCUGCAACCAUCACCUUUAGGACCGAACUGCUGAGAGUGGGUAUUGAGCGCAGGGAGGGUAACAGUGACAUCUCGAUGGAAGACUUGUCGCUCGGUGUUGAGAACACGCCGCCUACCAAGCCCGAGGGCUUGGUUCUGGUGGACGAGAACAAACGGAACAAGACACUGCUGCAGAUGCACACAAAUAUGGUUGCAUUCUCUUUCGACUGGGCACUGUUCCACGUGGCGGAAGAUGUACUCUCUCUCAGCGAUCGUUUCCAGGAGCUGGCCGCCUCCACGGAAUCGUCCAACUCCAGAACAGCGUCUCAGGCCUUUGAGGAUGGCCUCGCACGCCACGACGUCAAYGUUGUCUUGUMCACAAACACUGGUAGCAUCUCCCUCCAGACGACCAAUCUGCGACAUGUGUCACGCGCAGAUGGGCUCAAGUAUUCCUUGAUCUCGACAACCCAGGCCAAUGAGCAAUAUGGGCAAUGUGUCAGUGCUAUUCUCAAUUUUGACACUGCUGUGACGGAGCUACAUGGUCCGCACUCACGGAUCUGGCAAACACUCGUGACUUCUCCAAGUUUGUACAUCGACCAUCUACAAGCCGCCAAAGGUAUUGACAUGCCACCAACCAUUACGCUUGCUUUGGCGUACGAAGAUCUCCAAAUUGUGGUCAAUGAACAGAUACCAGGAAUAUUGCACAUUGUUGAGACAAUCAUCGCAGAAGAGGUGGCACAGGUCCAAAAACUUGUCUUGUCUCUCGCACCGGCAGCAUCCACGUCUCCGCCUCRGAGUGCUGCGAGGACAGACGAGACCACGCCUGCUAACCGCGCCCCGAAACUUCACAUCGGACUCCUCGCCGGGAACAUUAAAUUCGAGUUCUCCCUGCUGCAGGCGCUAAGCUACCAACUCGAAGGCACGGCUGCUAGCUUCAGACUUGCUCCGAGUCUGUCCCAGGAUAGGCAGUUCAGCCUAGAUUUCGACAUGGGUAGACAAGCCCAUGCCAUCGUCAACACAUCUGGAAGUGAUCGCCACACCCAGGGCAUCCUGGACUUUCCUCCCAUGAAUGGACACGUUGGGCUAGAUCUCGGCGAGGAAAGGACCUCGAUAAGCUUGGGUUCGACGAUCGAAAAGGUCGAGGUCGACGCUGGUGCUCUACAGGGUAUUGUCAGCGUCAUCAAUCAGCCUGAAGUUGAGAGCGUGGUAUCUGCCAUCAAGUCUGGGGUGCAGGACGUACAGGCACAGCUAGCAGAAUUAUACCCUGCUGACGCCGAGGUACGACGUCAGAGGAAAGAGAGCUACCGCGAGGUUGCUUACGAUGUUCGAUUUGCAUUACUCGGCGUGCGGAUUGCUGCCGUGACCCCAGGAAAUAUGGGGAGAUCUACGGCUGAAGUGGAGUUUGGCAUUGGGCCUGUGCAUGCUACCGCGUCCAAUCGAGGCUCUGACAUGAGAGCCAAAUCCCUUAUCCCAGAGGUUCGCGCGGAUAUUCAAGACAUCGGCGCUAGUCUUCGCGUUAGAGAGCGUGGCAAGACACGACAAUGCGGGCACGCAGCUUUGAGCGUUGCACUUCACUUCACGAGUCAGGCGGGACAAGAGGGAUUGCUUACCAGAGAGCUCAAUGUGCGUAGCAAUGCGCUGGACGUUGACGCAUAUCCGGACACAGCUUCGACCGUCGUGGAUGUCAUCAAUCAUCUACAGGAUCGGAUCAAGCAUCUUGAUCUAUCAAAGGAGAAAGAUUACCUGCGUCGACUAAGGGACAAACGCAAAGGCACCGUGAUGCGAAAGAUCAAAAAGAAGCAAGGCCUAAGCGAAGACCAAGAGCUUCCAUUUUCACCCGAGGAUCUGCUCUCCAUCAAGGCGAACAUUCAACUCAACGAUAUACAAGUCUGCUGGCUAGUGGAUCCAUCAUUCGCGCCACGACCACGUUCCGAAGUGGAUGAUCUGGUUUUCUCUAUCAAGAGUGUGCAGUUUGCGACUCGUGGCGUCAAUGAGGCUCGUCUCACCAUACUCGAUAUGCAGUUGCAGCUUGCGAAGAAACAAGUUAGCAAACAGCAGCGCGCUCUCAACUCUGCGCUUCUGCCCGAGAUUGGCUUCAGUGUCGCUUACUGGACUGAGGGCAAGAAUCGUAGCCUAGCAUUCAAGGCGACCGGCAAGCCUCUUGACCUUCGGUUGGAGUCCAAGUUCAUGUUUCCCGUCACUGCAGCGCAAAGGUCCAUUGAACUGGCCGUUGCACAGUUUAAGAAAGGUACCGCGACAUGGAAAAGUACACCCACAUCGACUGGCGCGCCCAGGGGCAUAUCAUUCGAUACCAAGCGCGUGACCUCUCUGUUGGUUGAGGCCGACUUUGCUGGUGCGCAAGUUUACAUGCAAGGGGCUGCAAAAGACAAAUCUCUGUCCUCGCUUGCCGCUGCCGCGUCCCAACGACAAGGUGCAACACAUGGAAGAUAUGGYCAAUUCGCUGUUGACGGUGCGGUCAUGCAUACCACAUUGACUGCCCCUGGCAUUGCUUUUAAAAUGGAGUACAACUCGCAUGAGCAUCGACCCACCGUCAACGCAGAGCUCAUGAUCGAUGCCUCUUCAAACAUGCUUUUACCCAAUGUAGUACCACUCAUAUUGGAGAUAACAAAUAGCGUCAAGGACGUCAUGCAGAGUAAGCAUAGCCCAGACACGACUCUCACGAAGCCGACCAUUCCGGACAACAACAAGGUCGCCCAGAAGUUCUUUGAGGACGAGUCCAUAGCAAAUGCCAAUCCUGCAAAAUUCUUCGGGAAGACGAAGGUCGAUCUUGGCUUCCGCAUCUGCAAGCAAGAAUUUGGCCUGACAUGUCAACCCAUUGCUAGAGUUGACGCCAAGGCUUCUCUGGAUGACAUCUACAUCACCAUGAACACUAUUAAUUCGGAUGAGUACGGCCACUUUUUCGCCAUGUCCGCCGUAGUGACGAAGCUCAAGACGGAAGUCCAACACGUGUACUCCAAAGAGCCGACUUUCAGCUUUGAUAUGGACUCUGUCGUGCUGUCUGCCAUGAACAACAAGCAUUUGAGUGGCACUCCGGGCGUUUCCGCCAUAUUGAACAUCAAUCCUACACGGAUCGUUAUCAAUGGUAAGCAACUUCAGGACUUGCUGCUGUUCCGUGAGAUCUGGAUGCCGCCAGAGAUAAGAAACGCCGCGGCAGCCGCUUCUGCAUCUACACCAACUACAUCCCCAGCUGCUCCCUCUUCGCCAGCCAAGGCCGAUGACUUCUUCGUACAGCGCUAUCAGUCAGUAGCAUCUGCUGCUGCAUUCCCUUGGAAUGCUACAGUAUCAAUCACCAAGCUGGCAGUGGAACUGGAUCUGGGCCAAAGCAUUGGAAAGUCGUCGUUUACGAUGACCAAUCUGUGGGCAUCGCAGCAGAAGUCCUCCAACUGGGAGCAAAACCUCUGUAUCGGUCUGGACGAGAUGUCUGUGGAUAGCACGGGCAGGAUGAGUGGAUUCAUUCAACUCGCCAAGUUGAGCGUGCGUACCUCCAUCAAAUGGCCGGAAGUGACUGCUGAGGACACAGCUCGCACAACGCCUCUUAUACAGGCCUCGCUCGGGUUCCGGAAGCUGAAAGCAAAGGCCGCAUUUGAUUAWCAGGCCWUUGCAUUUGCCGACAUCGAAAGCUUCGACUUUCUCAUGUACAACGUCCGUGAUGCAUCGGGCGGUGCAGAUCGACUAGUUGCCGUUUUGGACUGUGAAAAGGCCUACGUAUUCUGCACGUCCAACAGUCCGGCACAAGCUGUCGGACUGUACCAAGCCUUCGAUCGCCUCAUCCAAGAAAAGCAGGCCGCGCACCUGCAGUCCCUGAAAGACAUUGAAAAGUAUAUACGACGCGAAAGUACGGUGGUCCCGACACGCUUUGGACCCCAAGGGCCAAACGCUUCGAAUGCGCCAGUCGUGGAAAGGAGCGCGAAGACAUCCAUUACCUUGCAUACCGACGUGGUUGUUACCAUGGGAAAUAUCUGCUUUGGUAUCUAUCCCAGCACAUUCUUCGACAGUCAAAUGUUAAAGAUCGAAGCCAAUGACAUCCAGGCUCGAUUUGCCGUUGGGCUCGAAAGCGGCAAAUUGACCAGCGGCUUGGGAAUGACAUUGGGUCAGCUGCAAGUUGCGUUGGCGGCGGCCAGGAAAGUCAGCGUCGUGCCAAAAGCGUUGGACGUAUCGGUUGAAGAGAUCAUCAACAAUGCCUYGAAUGCCAAAGGCGGCACCAUUCUCCGUGUGCCAAAGGUUGUCGCUUCCAUGCAGACGUGGCAGGCGGAUUCCAACAACGUCGACUACAUUUUCAAGAGCCUGUUUGACGGCAAGAUCGAUGUGGGUUGGAAUCUGUCCCGCAUCAACUUCAUCAAGGGCAUGUGGACAUCGCACUCCCGCGCACUCGCCAGUCGCUUGGGCAAAUCUCUGCCCGAGUCAGCCGUCAAGAUCACCGCAGGUCCCCAGAACGGCGAUGAGUCGAAUGAAGGUGGCAGUACCGUGGCGCAGCAAGACAAAAUCACGGCCGAGAUCAACUUGCCGCAAUCACGCUACGAGUAUCACGCGUUGGAGCCGCCGAUAAUUGAGACACCGCAGUUGCGAGAUCUGGGAGAGGCCACGCCUUCGCUGCAUUGGAUCGGAUUGGACAAGGACCGUCUUCCAAACUUUACGCAUCAAAUUGUGAUUGUGAGCUUGUUGGAGGUUUGUAAAGAGGUACAGGAUGCAUAUGAGAAGAUUUUGGGCUCCUCUUAA